AUGACCUCGGUUUGGUCGUCAGUUUGUGGAUGGUAAGCAAUGGAGAACUUGAGCUUAGUCUCAAGUAAGCUCCAAAGAGUCCUUCAGAAGUGGCUGGUAAACUGUAUGUCACGGUCUGAGACUAUGGACUUGGGUAGUUCAUGAAGGCGCACAAUUUCUCUAAAGUAGAGGCUAGCGACCUUAGAGGCGUCAAAGGUUUUCGAACAUGGCACGAACUGUGCCAUCUUUGAAAACCUAUCGACAACCACUAUAAUCGAGUCGUGUCGUCGUGUAGUGUGCGGGAGUCCCAAAACAAAGUCCAUGCUAACGUCGUCCCAUGGGUGGGUCGGCAUUGGAAGUGGCGUGUAGAGUCCAACAUUCUUCUUUACCUGCUUGGCGAGUGCGCACACUCGACACUGAGCGACAAUGUUCUCUACAUUGCGCUUGAGGGUCGGUCAGUAGAACUAGUACUCGACCACUGUGAUGGUCUUAUCGCAACCGAAAUGGCCAGAUAGACCUCCUGCGUGACCUUCCCAAGUGAGGAAGUCACGGAGGGAUGUGCGUGGAACGCAUAGUCUGCUCCUAAGAAUAGACAUCUAUUGACCACAAGGAAGUCUUUAUGAUCUCGGGAUGGACCAUCCGAGAGUGCUCGUAGAACGUGGCCGAAGUCUGGGCAAUCUGUGUAAAAAUCCAAUAGGGACUCAAAUCCUGUCACCUGAACCUUCACGAGGUUCAGCAAGUGGACUCGUCGGCUGAGGGUGUCUGCCAUCAUGUUCUCCUUCCCCUUCUUGUGGCAAAGAACGAAGGUGAAGUGACGUGACUCAGUCGUUGUAUAUUAAAUCACGCAAAUAUAAAAUUUAUAAAACUAGAAAAUACGAAUUUUCGGAUAUUUAGAAGUAUUUCUAAAUAAAUAUAUCAAUUAUAAUUCAAUAAAAAUUCCAAAAAUAGCGGUAAUUUUCCAGGUCGAUCACAGGGAUGUAAUAUAAUAUCUGGUAAUUAUUCAGAAUUUUUCUCAAUGAAUACGAUUUUCUAUGAAUUUUAUACUAGGAAAUAAAAAGGAAAUAUAUUUAAAAUUCACGAAAAAGGGAAAUAAGGGUGCGGGCAUCAGGAUGACAUCAGCACCCAGCGAACGUGAAUCGGGCGGAAACAGAGUUCCGCCCGGUGAUUCUUACGUAAGCGAUUACAGACGAUUUAAUUAAUCAAAUUAAGAUCUGUAAAAGCCAGAAGAAUCGUAAUAGAACAAAGUAUAUUUUGGUAAAUUAAAAUCACAAAAACUAUCACUAAAUGAAGCGUAAAGUAAGUUGAAAGCAGGAAAACAGAGUUCCAGCAUCGCGACGGCGAUGCGUCGGCGAUGCACCGGAAUCCUGAGCGUUCAGGAGGAUCGUUGUGCAGUGUCCACGGCCUCGAAGGCUCUCCUUGGACAAAGACGACAUGGGCAAUCUCUAGAUCUUCUCGCGAAGUCUAGAGAUCAAUGAAAUGGGUCGCUGAGUCGUCUCCAGCGGCUGUCACCCAGCGGAGCGGAAAAACGGCGACUUUGCGGCUCUCCGGCGGCUGUCACCCGACGGAGAGGAGCUGAAUGGAGGUGGGGCGCGUGUUAGGGAGCUUCAUCCUCAGGUCCGCACAACAAGAGGAGGCUCUUCAUCGCAUCUGGUACGCUCUCAGGAGGUGGCGACUCGUCUCCCGGCGGAUCGUCCUCUUCCCGACGACGGCUUGUUCGUCGAUCAAUCGGAGAUGAUUUACUCGAUGGAUUCACGAUCCUUUUAUCGUGAAUCGUUCAGCAAUUUUAGUAGCAAUGCUCCGCGAAUCGCGUUGACGAGAUUUUCGCUGAUGAUCCAGCGAUUCUCGUUGCUUAAUCCUUCACCGGCGAUCUGCAGGAAAGUCGCGAUAAUCAGAUAAAAAUAUAUGAAUUUUGACUCUGGGAGGAUUCGAACCCGCGCCGGUUGUCCACCCCGUCUGAGGAAGGUAUGACGUGGGUUUAGUCCCACAUUGGUUGUACGCCGAUUUUUCGGGCGAAUAUAUAGUAAUGUUACGUUUCUAAGUAAAGUUCCUUCUCUCGCGUGUAUGACCACUCCUUGCCCCACAGUCGGCUGGCCACCGGUGACGUGGAAGGGGAGUGGCGCACACGUGGCCCUAUCGGUCCAAGCCGGGAGUAGCCGCGAGCGGCUCGAGCGGCUACUCCCCGACUGA